AUGGCACCUUUUGAGGGGCUAUAUGGUAGGAAAUUUCGUUCUCCUAUUUGUUGGGAUGAUGUUGGAGAAAGGAAACUUUUGGGGCCUGAACUUGUGCAGUUGAUAGUUGAAAAAGUUGCCUUAAUUAAAGAGAGAUUAAAAACAGCUCAAAGUAGGCAGAAAAGUUAUGUUGACAAUCGCAGGCGGGAUUUGGAGUUUGAGGAUCGUUUCUCCUUCUUCAUUUUAUGCAUGGUAACAUUAUCCAGCUUCAGCAGUACUACAAAUGCAAGCUCGCCUUUAUAUGAUGUGAUGAAUUAUGGAGCUGUUGGUGAUAGAAAAACCGAUGAUUCUCAGGCAUUUCUGAAGGCAUGGAAUGAAACCUACAACGUUCAACAACAGUGUGCUACCCUUAAUGUACCAGCGAAGACAUUCUUAUUGAAUCCUAUCGAAUUUUCGGGUCCAUGUGUGCCCACUUCUAUCGAAUUUCAGGUGGCAGGAAAAAUUAUAGCAAGCACCAAUAAAUCCCUAUUUGAGAACAAUCAUUGGAUCCUCUUCUCAUAUGUGAAAGGGCUUACUUUGACCGGAAGUGGAACUAUAGAUGGCCAAGGGGCAGGUUCAUGGCAAGACCGAACGAGAGUACCUGCACUCAAGAUUUAUACUUGCCCGGACCUAGUACUUCAAGGAUUGACACAUAUCAAUCCCCAAAAGGCCCAUAUCAUUUUGACAAAAUGUGAUGGAGCAAACAUCAAUAACAUCACUAUAAGUGCACCUGAAGAUGCCCCGAACACGGAUGGUAUCGACAUUGGCGGUUCAAACCAUGUUCGAGUCCAGAAAAGCAAAUAUGACAUGGCUGGUGGUUAUUACUUAUUACAACAUAGUUCUUAG